GCAGAAGCAUGACCUACAGAAGCUUGAGAAUUGUGGUUCUGCUGCUGCUCUCUGCACACUUUCUACAUGCUUCGGCUCUUCCUGCUGCAUCGUCGUACGAGUUCACAGCCUACAGGAUGCAGCAGUACAAUCUGCAACAGGAAAAACGCGGUUGCCAUGGUGCCAUGGUUGUUGCAGAGGCACGUUCACCAGACCAUUCGAGUCUGACUCGUCGCUGCGUGAUCAUGAAGCUGUCUGAUUUUACAGUAGACCGCUUUCUAGAGUCUAAGAGGCAGAAGGCAGCGGCAGUGCUCAUACUGAUACCUCAGAACAUCUCUACCAUAUCUGAAGACGUCAUCCAGGGUUUCAUGGUUACAGAGUCCGAGGCUCUGAAGAUAGACACCCUCAUGCCUGUUUACAUGGUCCCUGAGGAUGAGCAGCUUCUAUAUAUGUAUGCAGAAGUGAAGCACGCCACAGCCACCAAAUCUGCCUCCAUCCUGAUUAGAGUUCUCCACAGUAUGGUCACAACCACUGCCUUUCAGAUAUUGGUGAACAACAACUCCCCCAUCAAGGCCAUCACUGACAACUCUAUUAUUACAUUAGAGGGUGUGCUUCCUGGAGUUGGUGAGGACCCGCCCACAAUUGUUAUCACCGCCUAUUAUGACUCGUUUGGCCUUGCACCAUGGCUGUCAUAUGGAGCAGACUCGAAUGGCAGUGGCGUCACCAUACUGCUAGAACUGGCUAGACUCUUUCAACGACUUCACAGCGAUCCUCGCAACAAGGCUCCGUUUCACCUCCUUUUCUCUCUAACUGGUGGAGGGAAAUAUAAUUUCAUCGGCACCAAACGCUGGCUGGCUGAAAACAUGGACCAUGCAGAAUCCAGUCUUUUGCAUGAUAAUGUGGCCUUCGUCCUCUGUUUGGACUCUCUUGGCUCUGGUGACGAACUGUUCCUCCAUGUAUCUCGACCCCCAAAACCAGAGACGCCUCAUUUUAGCUUCGUCCAGCAACUAGAAGAAGUGAUCUCAUCCAGGUUUCCAUGGGUAAGGUUUGCAACCGUCCACAAGAAGAUCAACCUGCAAGAGUCUUCUCUAGCAUGGGAGCAUGAGCGCUAUGGAAUGAGACACAUCCCAGGAUUCACUCUGUCUCACUUGCAAGACCCUAGAUCAGAGCGUCGGGGCUCCAUCCUUGACACCAUGUCUCAGGUGGACAUCAGAAAACUGAAACGUAAUGCAGUCAUUGUUGCUGAGGCCUUGGUGAGGUACAUGUAUAACCUGUCAGACAAGGGUUCUCCAAAAGAAUUGCAAGUUUUCCGGGGCAGUUUGGAUGUCCUGGACAGUCGUUUAUCUGCUCUGAUGACCAUGUUGACUUCUGUGCCGCGAGCCACUCAGCUGAUGGACAGAGAGCCGCAGCACACUCUGCUCAUCGAUAGCCUGGAGCAGGAGUUCAGACGGCACCUUCAACAGGUCUACAGACACACUUUCCGUCAGGACCACAGGGAUCCUGACAUUACAUUCUUCGAUCAAAUGAAGCAGCCAAUGAUGAUGUACAGGGUGAAGCCGGCUGCGUUUGAUCUCUUCCUGGGUGGCUGUAUUGCCGGAUAUUUAGGAUUAGUGUACUACGCAAUCCAGAACUUUGGAAAUGUCUAUGCAAGACUCAAAGCUGUCAUGAAAAACAAACAGCAGUGAGACGGAGUAGGACCAGUGCUGAAGCGUGUGUUAAAAAAAACAACUGUUUUAGAAAUGAAGGAGUGUUAAAUGGUCCUACAAGGCAUUGGCAUUUAUGUUGUGUUGUACUGUAUUUCACUUGUUUGUGUACUUUUAUAAAAAAAAAAAAAAAAGAAUGGUCCUUUUUAGCUAAUAUCAUUGCAUUUAUUCCAUUAUUCAGUGCUUUCACCUGUCACAUCGUUGUGAAUUUCCCAGAGCAUCUACAUCUAUGUUGAUUGUGGAGAUGGUUCUAAUGCUGAAUAACGUUUCAUAAUGCUUAAUAAUGGCUACAAUGAUCAUCACAAUUAUUUACAACACUUAUUCAGCCAAUUUAAGAAGAAACUAUUAUAUGAUUUUUAAUGUAUUCUCAUUGUGCAUUAAAAAUGCUACAUUCUUUCAAAUGUUUUCUCACACUGUAAGGUAGGUUCACCAAGCAUAAACUACCUUACAGUUAAGCCAGGUAGCAUGUUGCUAGCACAUAGAAGUUAAAUCUUCUAAACAGACUUUGUAAAGGCAAAAAUAAUAGUGAAAACGAGAGGAAGUCGUUCAGGAUAUGAACAUUCUCCUCGGAUGUGUCGAGAAAUGACUGAGAAGAGACUCCACACAACCCAAAAUGAAUAAUUAUACUGUCGUUAAUUGUAAGUAGCAUUGAAUGCAAGACUGCCAG